AUGUCCGACAUGGACUCGACAAUUCCUCAAUCCGCGGCUGCGGAGACCAUUCAAGCUCCAUCGGAAGCGGAGGUCAUCAAGCGCGAUGCAGCCAACGGUAGCCCUGCUGCCGAAGAGCCUCCCUCCAAGAAGGCCCGCAUAGACGAGCCUGGGGAGCCUGAGGAUGAGCGCGCGACUUUGCGCAGCAGGGGCAUUGCACCCAUCAAGGCAGAAUACCUGAUCAAAUCUGCACCUAAGCAAGUUCCCGAUGCCGUCACCGACGAUGCAGCCGAAGCUGCUUCUCAUACCGAGCGUGAUGACGAGAAGAAGAAGAAGGGUAAAAAGAAGCCGAAGGGUCAGAACACCAAUCGAAGCUUUGGCAGCUCAAAGGAUGCGAAGGGCUUGUGCGCCUCUAGAAUGCUCAGCCCAGAAUUUUCGCCCGAAGAGUGCCAAUUCGGUGAGAAGUGCCGAUUCGAACACGAUCUGCGACUUUACUUGAAGGAGCACAAGCGCGAGGACCUCACAACGUUCAAUGGGAUCUGCCCUGUCUAUGAGGCACGGGGUACCUGCUACGCUGGCUGGCGAUGCCGCUUAGUUGGAUCGCACUCGAUGGAGAGAGAAACCGCAGAUGGAAAGAAGGAGCUUGUUUUACUGGAAGAUGAGGAGCGCAAGGCGAAGGCCAAGCCCCUUGUGCCUCUUGCUACUCGCGAGGGCCUUGUCAACAUCAUUUCUUACGAAGACAAAGUCGCGCUGUCACGAAAGCGGGAGCACACUCCUCGUGCCAAUCAAUACAAUGAUUGGCUCAACAAGGUUUCUCAGGAACUAGAGAAAGAAUUGCAUGGACGAUUCCACAAUGGUGCAGAGAUUCCCGAGAAUGGAGAGACCCCCAAGACGAACGGUGAUGCUGAAAAGGCCAAGGAGGAACUGGAAGACAACCGGGCUCAAUAUACGGAACCUCCCUUCUUGGCAUCCGAAAAGAGGCGCAUCUACUUUGGACCGGAGACUCCAGCACUGGCACCUCUGACGACACAGGGUAAUCUCCCAUUCCGCAGAUUGUGCGGAGACUUGGGCGCUCAAUUCACCUACUCCGAGAUGGCUCUUAGCAUGCCUCUGAUCCAAGGCAACAAGUCAGAGUGGACCUUGAUCAAGGGCCACGAAACUGAAAUGCUCCCUCCAACCAUCACCCCGGGGCCGAAUGUUGUGCAAGGAUAUGACAACUCUAAAGAUUUCAGAUUCGGUGCCCAAAUCACCGCUAACAAGCCCUUCCAAGCACUCAAGGCCACCGAGGUGCUUUCCAGGUAUACUCCUAACUUGCGCGUCAUUGACUUGAACUGCGGCUGCCCUAUUGAGCUCGUGUACCGCGACGGAGCCGGCUCUGCGCUCCUGGACCACCCCUCCAAACUGGAGAAGAUCAUUCGUGGUAUGAACGCAGUGUCUCAGGAAAUCCCCAUCACAGUCAAGAUUCGCAUGGGAACCAGGGACAAUCAACCUAAUGCACUGAAGCUCGUUGAACGCCUAGUCCUGGGUGGUUACGAAUCCAGCAUUUUAGAUGUUGGCCCCCCUGGUGCUGCAGCCAUCACCCUUCACGGACGAAGCAGACAGCAACGAUACACUAAGCAAGCAGACUGGGGCUACAUUGCGGAGACCGCUGCUCUCAUCAAGCGUCUGAAUGAGAAGACGGACGUUCUUACGGACACCAUUCGCGAAGCCGAUCCUCGCUACAUGCCUAACGGCGGCAAGACCUACUUCCUUGGAAAUGGUGAUUGCUUCUCUCACGUGGAUUACGACGAUCACAUUCAGAAUGCUGGUGUUGAUGCAGUCAUGGUGGCUCGUGGUGCUUUAAUUAAGCCCUGGAUUUUCGAGGAGAUUCAGACCGGCCAGUACCUGGACAAGUCCGCCUCCGAGCGUCUUGCCUAUAUCGAGAAAUUCGCCAAGUACGGCCUCGAAGCCUGGGGCUCCGAUGAAUUCGGUAUUGGCACAACCCGCAGAUUUUUGUUGGAGUGGUUGAGCUUUGCUUACCGCUAUGUUCCCCUUGGCCUGCUCGAAUACCUUCCUCCGCACAUCAACGAUAGACCUCCUGCUUGGCGCGGCCGGAAUGACUUGGAGACCCUUAUGGGCAGUGGAAACUACAAGGAUUGGAUUAAGAUCACUGAGAUGUUCCUCGGCCCUGCACACAAGGACUUCAAGUUCGAGCCCAAGCACAAAUCCAACUCCUACGAGGCUGAGGGUUAA